AUGGGUUGUGGAUUGAAGAAGGAAAAGAAGGAGAGCAAUAAUGAGAUUGCUUCUUUGAAACCCCUAAUCAAAUUCAAGAUCACAUUUUCUAAUGUCAAGAUCAAGAACAUACCUCUUCAGAGGACUAAAGUUCAUUUUUCAAUUGCAAAUUAAGAUAGUUUCCAAACUUAAAUCUCAUAUAAUAAUCCUAACCCACAUUGGCGAUAAACAUUUAGAUCGUUUCAUGAAAGUGAUUUGGAAACCUUGAAGUCAGAAUUCUUCAAAAUUGUAUGCUACUCUUAUUUAUUCAGAGUGUCUUCUGCGCUGAAAAGAAUAAAUGCUUUGCUUCUGUAGUUUAAAAUAUGUGGGAAGUUGCAAACGGUCCCAUUCAUUAUGAUUUGUUUCUCGAAUCCACCAAGGCUCACUCAUCCAGAAUCACUUUUGACUUGAGAAUGGUCCAAAUGACAACCUUGAAAAUCCAAAGCAAACAAGUCAUGUGCGAACUUAAAGACCAAUUGAUGGAACAAGCCUAUAAUUUUCAAUUAAAAGUCAGAGUAUCCUAUUUCAUAAUAUCAUCAAGUCCCAUUAAGUGGAUUACUAUAGCGAUUUCUCUCCAAAUUACCUAAAUCACUACUUUUACCGUUAAUCCAGCAUCAAAUAAUAUGGGUACAUUGAUUCCAAAGAAAAACUAAGAAGUGAAUCCGACGAGUUCCAAUUGGUGAGAGACAUCUUCGAUUCAUCAAUUGAUGAGAGCAUUCAAACUGAUCUCAAGAGUUGCUACUUGAAAAAGAACGGACUCAAGAAUGAUCAAGAAUUGAUCUUAAAAAAAUCUAAAUCCAACAGCCAACUCAACACCAUGAUCCAUCUCUCGACUAGUCAAUCUCAAACUAACAAAUCCAGAAGACCCUACUCAACCAUGGGUCUAAUAACAAAAAAGGAUCUUCUGUGGGAAUUCAAAGUACAAGAAAAUAAUCCAAUCAUAUCCUUUGACAUUUAUGUUGAUGAAUUUUCCAGUUCUUCAUUUGAAUUCAUUCUCUGGGGAAGUUCAAAACCAAAUGAAAAAUCUGAUAAUGAAAGUGUACGAAAAAUUGGAAAUUCCAUUAUCUCCCUCAACAAAUUCUUCAGUCAAAAUGUCAAUGUCUUAGCAGAACUAGACAGGAUCUCCCUCCAAGAAGUGAGAUUUACAGACAAGUUAUGGAUCCAUGGCUAAUGUGUUGGAAGAGUCAAAGCAGAAUUCAUUAUAACCAAGGAUACCUUCAUUAGACAAAUGCUUGGAGGAUUCAGAACAGAGGAAGGCAUCCAAAGAUCCUCUUAACUCUAUAUCAAAAAGGAUAAAUACUCUGGACCACAGAGUCCCAAUAUCUAUCAAAUCAUCUAGAUCAAUAAUGAGAUAGAUGAAUUGGCUGGAAAAUUGAAUCAAAAGAGUCUUCAACAUAGGGAGAGAGUCAAAAUUAAUAAGGCCAUUAAUCAAAUUAUUGAAAAGUUGAGUACUUUAAUUAAAAACUAAGAGCUAUAUGAGAACCUAGAAGAGAUGAUAGCUGCUCAGUUAGUGUUUGUGGAUGUAACCAAGAAUCUAUUAGAAAGUGCUGAUUUAAUCGACGAAGAUUUGAGAGAUCAAUAUUAUGAUGUGCUUAUUACUUUAUUGAACAGAGACGAAUUCUUCAUCAGCUACUUGGGUUUCGAUAAGGAUCUCAAGGAAGCAUAUAACCUAAGAAACGAUUAGAAUUACGUGUCUAAAAAUAAGAAUCUUAUAUAACAAUUAAAUCAGAAAAUUAGAAUAGGAUUACAUUAUUAGAAUUUCUUACAUCAGACUUUUGAGAAAGUUACGUAGAAGCUCAAUUAAUAGGGAUAGAAUGACAAGGAAGAAUUGUUUGUAAAUACAUUUUUAGUUAUUGCUUUUUUCAGAAUACCCUAAUUUUAGAACUUAGUUAUUAACAUCCUAAAAGAAGAUCAACGAUUACUAAAUGAGGAAUUCGAGAAAGAUUUCGGAAUAAAUUGCAUUGAUAACACAUUUUCUGCUGAAUGGGAUAAGAAUUUUUAUGAUUAUCUACAAAGUGAUCCUCGUCAUUAAGAGCAUAAGAAGCAAUUCUAAGGCAUCCUUAAUUCUAUUGAUUGGAAGAACAUCAUACUUACAAGUAGAGUGUUUUUGAAGUGGUUCCAAUUAAUGUUGAAUCAUUACAAGAAAGCAAAACAUCCCUAUGAUAUGUGCUUAAUAUGGUCCGGUUUUCCUGGCUAUUUGAUUUUAAUAAAAUACUUGCUGUUGGAGAUUAAAUAUUCAAAUGAAUAUCCAUAUCCAGAAACUAUUAAACAUGCUUCAUUGUGCUUUUUGGAGAAUGAAAACAUGCUUAAUUAUUUAGUCGUUGUGAUAUUUCACAAAACCAAACUAUACGAUGGAAUUGCAGUAUUUUACACACUCGAUAUGAUCAAUGAUUGGUUUGACAGAAUCAAAAAGUAGAAUAAGAAGAUUCCAACUGAUUUCAACUAUCAAUUCCUGAUGAAGGGUUUGUUUAUGAUUUUUGAUGGCUAACAUGCCUCAUCGAUCAGUAAAGCACUCUAAUUGAUAUUUAAUAUAUUUCCUUAGAUGCCCAUUGAAAUCUAGAAGGAAAUCAGUGAUCACAUAUUUGAUAAUUGUUUUUUCAAGUUUUUCAUGUUUUGGAGUAAGUUAGUUAGAUUCGUCUUUCAACACCUUUUGAUCUAUCGAAUAUAGCAUCGACUUAGAAAUUAUAGACAGGAAAGCAUCAGAGACAUUUACAAGGAAUUCGAGUGCAUAAAACUAUAGAAGUAGAAAUACACAGUUGAAGAGAAGGCUAAAUUGUUGAAUCAUCUCAUUUACAUCAAAUACUCAUAAAUGAUUGAGUUGGUGUUGAAAAUCAAGAGAAAGAUUGCACAACACAAUCUGUAAUAGGAAAGUUAAUUUCAAUUGUAAUUAGAGGCAAAAUCUCUAAAAUUGAAAUUGAUGAAGAAGAAAUAACAAUAAAAAAAAUAUCAACUAAAGAGAAUGGAAUCUCCAAGGCAUGAUUAAAUAGAUAUCUCAUUUGAAAAAUAGUAAAGAUCAAAUAUUAGUUUAACAUUUAGUUUGAAUGAUCCCUUCUAUAAUUCCGACAUCAGGGAAGAUGAAAAGUCAAUAGAUCAGUCUCAUGAUAAUGCGAAAGAGAACAAUGUGUCUAAUUAUGAUCAGAAUGAAAUCUAUCUUUUUGAUAGGAGUAUCAGUUCGAUCAUCAAUUUGAAUGAUCUAUUGGCUGAUAUUGAUUAAGACAAGAAGACUAAUGAGAAAAGAAAGUCAAGACAUUCGAAUAGAAAUAAUUCGGUGGAGUUGAAUUCUGAAAAGAGCCAGAAGAGCAGGAGAGAUGAUAAUGUAAACCCAAAGAAAUUAAAAAUCUAUCAUCGACUCAACAAAUAAGAGAACAUCAAGAAAUCAUUCACCAAAGAACUCUUGUCAUACUUGAUUCCAGCUAUACAGGAGUGGCAAGAGCAAUAGGCUAAUUAUAAACGAUGGUUUUUGAAGACUCAAGCAAUGAUAAAGAAGUAGUUUAAAUAGGAUCAGUAAGAACAACAAUUGAUGGAUAUCGACCCACCUGAAAUCAAUUUGUAUGUACCCAAAGAUGAAACAGAAAAUGAAAAUGUCUAUACAGAUCAUUGA